UCCGCCGCCGCAGCAGUCUUUCGCUCCGGUAACACACACAGAUAGGUAUACGAUAUACAAUAUCACGAAUUCGCUGUAUUCACAGUGAAUACUGAAUAGUGAUAGAAAAAAAAAAAAGGAAAAAAAACAACUCAUAUAAAUAAUAUAAAAAUAAAAUAACGCGUUUCGUUUUUCCAACUUAUCGCCCGUCGUCGGGCACGCCGCCGUUGUUUUUUUGGACUCGUCACCGUGUUUUUGUUCCUCCCGUUCACGACUUUUUUGUCAUUAGACUAAUCAUUUCUCCGCUCCCGUCGAUCAUAGUCCGCCGCCGCCGCCGCCGCCGCCGACUACGGCAAAUGCGCUAUUUAUUGCCCGACGUUUGCGUCCCAAACCCGUUGAUUCCGUAUUUCCGUUAUCGCGCAUUAUAAUAUCGUAUAUCGCGCGGUACCCGAUACGAUAUCGCGUCGUCCACUGGGCACUGGCUUGGUUUCACACUGAACACGGGUGACCGUCUGUAAGGUAUUGAAAUCUCUGACGUAUGCGACGGUAACGUACAAUAAAUAUCGCCGCUACCGUCGUCGUGCCACUGCUGUGACGCUGAGCGAGAUGACCGAAUACCGUGACGCCGCUGUAAUCGAGCCCGCACAACAAGAUUUGGCCUGAACAUUCGCUGCCCGCUGUCACCGGUCCGCUGUAAAUGUUCACUGAUAAUCCAUCACUAUGGGAAAGCUGCUUUCCAAAAUUUUUGGUAACAAAGAGAUGAGAAUACUUAUGCUUGGUUUGGAUGCAGCUGGAAAAACAACUAUCUUGUACAAAUUGAAAUUGGGUCAAUCUGUAACGACAAUACCAACAGUUGGCUUCAAUGUUGAAACAGUAAUUUACAAAAAUGUGAAAAUUAAUGUUUGGGACGUCGGAGGUCAAGACAAAAUACGUCCACUAUGGCGACACUACUAUACGGGCACACAAGGUUUAAUCUUUGUAGUGGAUUGUGCAGAUCGUGAUCGUAUAGAUGAAGCUAAGCAAGAGUUACAUAGGAUAAUAAAUGACAGAGAGAUGAGGGAUGCAAUAAUUUUAAUAUUUGCCAACAAACAAGACUUGACCAAUGCAAUGAAACCACACGAAAUACAAGAAAAACUUGGAUUAACAAGAAUACGAGAUAGAAAUUGGUAUGUUCAACCAUCGUGUGCUACCACAGGAGAUGGAUUACAUGAAGGCCUUGCUUGGCUCACAUCAAAUUUUAAACAAUGAUACCGAAGUAUAACACAAUAUUAUACUUAUUAUAUCAUUAUUCAAUUUAAAAGAAGCUUAGGACUUAAAGAAAUUCCAAACGUACAAAUUGAGUACAUUACCUGUUAAAUGUAAAAGUGAACAUCAAUAUUUAAACUAAGAUGUCCAUUUUAAUAAAUAACUGCUCUUUGA